AUGUAUCACCUCCGCCGCGCUGUCCUCGUGGUCGCCUUCCUCGCUACUCUCGUCCUCGUCACCUACUUCGUACCCAGGGCUCUCAACCCCACGCCACCCAGCCCCGAAGAUGAGAAGCGUGACAAGGCAUGGGUGAGCUCUUCGCCGUAUUGGAUAGACCGGCAGGCUUGCAGAUGGCUAAGUGUCUGCGGUCUACACCAUAUGCGCUGGGACGACCCCGUCAGACCGCGGGAUCCCCGGGUUGACUAUCAAGUCGAAUUAGAGUUAAAAAGAAGGACUCUAAAUGAGAAGCCAGCCUUCACUCGAUGGGAAGAUAUAGGCGACAAAUCAAGCGAGGACGAGCGACUGCAUACAGGGGCGAGACAGCUGAAGCACGUCCCCGACUAUGUCCAUAAGUAUGCGCCUCUUGUGCAUUUAUACUCCAAGGAGCACUUUUGGCCAUCGGACAUUGCUGAACAUGUCCGCCAUAUGACUCCCUAUAUCGGCGAGGAGCCUGUCAACAUGACGGAACCCGUCUCGUUGGCAAACAUGUACGACUUAAACGGUGUACCGGGAUUCGUGUUCCUUACAAGCCAGGAUGACGUCGAGCAACGACCAGAGUGGCUGUCUAACGAUGUUGGCAAGCCGAAGCCAUACCAAGAAAACGGCGACAACGAAGUAAGAGUCGACCCUGCCGAUGGUCGCGAUGCCGACAAAGAAAGCCAAUUUUCGAAUUACGAGGAUACGACAUGGUGGGAUGUCAGUCAGGAUACUCCGCUCCGCCGCAUAUCUGCUCCUCAAGACCACGAGAGGAGGGAUAUGCUCUCCAAACUUCGUCGUCGCCUGUUACUCUCGGGGGACAACCCACAAAAGCCAUUCCCUCCACCUCCCAGCACGCCUGGCCACAAACCCGAUUCAAGCGGGUACUCGGCCGCGCCAGCUGUCCUAGUCGUAGUAGACAAGGGCUCAGGCAUCGUCGAUGCAUUUUGGUUCUUCUUCUACAGUUAUAACUUGGGCCAGACCGUGCUCGAAAUGCGUUUUGGUAACCACGUUGGUGACUGGGAGCACUGCAUGGUACGCUUUGAGAAUGGCGUGCCCCGCGCCAUGUUCCUGAGCGAGCACGCGGGCGGUCAGGCCUAUGCGUGGGCCGCACUGGAGAAGAGGAGGCUGAAUGCCACCAUCAACGGUGUCAGCGAGAUCAUUGAGAGGCCAGUAAUUUACUCGGCAGUGGGCAGCCACGCCAUGUAUGCCUUCCCUGGCGACCAUGCGUAUGUCCUGCCGUUCAAGAUGCUCAAGGACCAGACGGAUCGCGGACCGCUCUGGGACCCGUCGCUAAACAACUACGCCUACUUUUACAACCACACAGAGGCCCCACCACCUCCGGAGGACGACGAAGGCGCGGAAAACAAAGAACUGAUACUGGACGAAUCAACUCCUUACCCAGUAGAUCCUGCUGUCAUGGAAGCCCACGCCAACACGACCCUCCGCAAACGCGAUGGCCAAGCUAUCGCGCCCACGUCCUUGACCCCGGCGGCGUCAAAUCCCGACGCGCCGACCUCAUGGUUCCACUUCGACGGACCUUGGGGUGACGAGCUGUACGGCCUGGGUGAUGACAGACAGUGGCGGUUGUUUGGGCAAUACCAUUACGUCACGGGACCCAUGGGGCCCAAAUUCAAGAACCUGGGGCGAGAAAAGGUGUGCUUAAGAUACAAGUGCCGCAUUCUUUACAGUAUCGAUGAGGGGCGGAAGAGUAGCUGGCACGAUUAG